AUGGAGAAGCUGAAGGAAUCGUGGCGUGUAAUUGUAAUUGGGUUUGUGCUGAGCAUGUGGGGUGUCAAUGGUCAUGAAUUUGAUGAAUUUUUUAGCAAUAAAAGUGAAGUGUCAUUCGUGGAGUCCAUCUAUGGAGCUUCAGCUGCAUCUGUUCCUCCAAAUGCUCUUAUAGUGGGUCUCACUCUUGUUCAAGGAGCUGCUGCCAAAGGCGCUGUGUGUUUGGACGGAACAUUACCUGGCUAUCACUUGCAUCCUGGGUACGGGGAAGGAGCAAACAGUUGGCUCAUUCAAUUGGAGGGUGGAGGGUGGUGUAACAACAUCAAAAAUUGUGUUUACCGAAAAGGAACACAUCGUGGGUCGUCUACCCUUUUUGAAAAGAAGAUUCCAUUCACUGGAAUACUAAGCAACAAGGCUGAAGAAAAUCCAGAUUUUUUUAACUGGAAUAGAGUGAAGAUACGGUAUUGUGAUGGGGCCUCCUUCGCUGGAGACAGUGAAGAUAAGGCUACAGGACUGCAGUUCAGAGGACAACGUAUAUGGCUAGCAGCAAUUGAAGACCUAAUGUCAAAAGGAAUGCACAAUGCAGACCAUGCCCUUCUUUCUGGUUGCUCUGCUGGUGGUCUAGCCUCAAUAUUACAUUGUGAUGAGUUCCGAAGUUUCUUUCCUGAAAGCACCAAAGUGAAGUGUCUGAGUGAUGCUGGAUUAUUUAUUGACGCUGUUGACGUAUCAGGUGGACGUACACUUCGAGAUCUUUUUGGCGGUGUAGUUAGCUUGCAGGGUGUUAAAAAAAACCUGCCAAGCACUUGUACCGACCACCUAGAUCCAACUUCGUGCUUCUUUCCUCAGAAUUUAAUUGCCAACAUUAAAACCCCGAUGUUCAUCCUCAAUGCUGCCUAUGAUUCUUGGCAGUUACAGGAGAGCUUGGCUUCUCCUGCAGCUGAUCCUCAGGGUACUUGGCAUGACUGCAAAUUGAACCAUGCACGAUGUUCAACAUCACAGAUCCAAUUUCUGCAAGGUUUUAGAAAUGAUAUGCUGAAUGCAGUAAAAGGCUUUGCAACAUCUCGACAAAAUGGUUUAUUCUUAAAUUCAUGUUUUGCACAUUGCCAGUCAGAGAGACAAGAUACAUGGUUCGCAGACGAUUCCCCAGUUAUAAGUAACAAGGCCGUGGCUAUUGCUGUUGGGGAUUGGUACUUCGAUCGAGCAAAUAUCAAGGCCAUAGAUUGUCCAUAUCCAUGUGACAAAACUUGUCACAACCUGGUUUUUAACUCUUAUUGGGGCCAAAUUUGUGUGACGGGGGAUGUGACGCAGCUACCAAAGUGGUUUGCCAUAGUGGUGGUGAUAUGCAUCUGCAUCUACGUUGCUGCUUUCGCGUGGUCUUGGGGGCCUUUGGGAUGGCUCUACCCAAGUGUUCCUUGCGAUGCUAUCACAAUGAAGUUUGGUCUUUUCAUCUUCUUUGCGUUCUUUGUGGUGUUGAUGACCAACUUUUGCUACUUCUUCAUGCCUGAGACGAAGAACAUUCCCAUUGAAGAAAUGACACAAAUCUGGAGAGACCAUUGGUUCUGGAAAAGAUUUAUGGACGAUCCUAAUGAUCCUAUCAACGCAGCAAUCAAGAUGACUAAGAUGGAACAGAUUACUGUUGCAGCUCUUAUUGGCGACAAAUUUGGUGUGACGGGGGAUGUGACGCAGCUACCAAAGUGGUUUGCCAUAGUGGUGGUGAUAUGCAUCUGCAUCUACGUUGCUGUGGCUCAGGUGUUCCUUGCGAUGCUGUGCACGAUAAAGUUUGGUCUUUUCAUCUUCUUUGCAUUCUUUGUGGUGUUGAUGACCAUUCUUUGCUACUUCUUCAUGCCUGAGACGAAGAACAUUCCUAUUGAAGAAAUGACACAAAUCUGGAGAGACCAUUGGUUCUGGAAAAGAUUUAUAGACGAUCCUAAUGAUCCUAUCAACGCAGCAAUCAAGAUGACUAAGAUGGAACAAGUCUAA